UUCACUGGCUUCUGGCUCUCAGGCAGCCAUGGCCACCGCCUGGGUCAGGGCGGCCGCCAUCCUCAGCCUCGCGGCCUUGCUGCCCACCGCUGCCAUCCCCUGCGGAGCUCCGCGCUCAGGCAACGCCACAGCGUCCCAGCUGCUGGGGACAUGGCUGCACGUGGCCGGGGCUGCCCAGUUCCCCCAGCACCUCCUGGAGCUGCUGCUCAUCGACCACGGCCACCUCCACGUGGAACCUUGUGCCGGCGGGCAGGAGCUGCUCAUCACCCAGCAUGUGGCUGUGGGGGACCAAUGUCUCACCAACAACUCCACCUACUUUGAAAUGGCCUCUGGUACCGCCACGCUGGUGAAGCACGCCAAGACCCAGCAAACCAUAGGGAUGCUGAUGAACCUCAGCUCUGAAGACAUUUUACUCAUCCAGUACCAACUGCAGAGGGAAAGGACGUAUUCAGGACUGUAUCUCUAUGCCCGAAACCUGAGCAUGAGCACAGCCCAUCAAGAUGAGUUUGAGCACCACGCCACGUGCCUGGGGCUGAGCAAGGAGCAGAUCAUCUACGCACCAUGGAGAACGGAGCUGUGUCCAAUGGAAGAAACUGAACAAGGGAACAGCCCAAAUGUGGAGCCCUCGGCCUCAGCCACGGCCUCAUCUCCCCCGGGCACCUCCCGGCCCGGCAGCACGGGCAACUAA